UGUUGUAAAAAUAGUUUUUGUGCAAAAAUUGACUGAAGUUUUGUUUCAGCGUGACCGCACGCCAACACGGCAAUCCUUGGAAACAAUCGAAGAACGCUGGGCAUCGAGUCGACGAACAAAAGAAAAUCGCGACGGGUUGCUCGAUUUGGCAAAGUUUGAGGAAAAUCGCGAUGUUUCGGGGUUGACGCCGGUUUUCACCAGUUUUUGACGUUUCUUUAGACAAAGAUGGCCGCGAGACGAGGAUGUUAAUUUGUGGGCCAAUAAACCAAGGAUAUGGAUACAACUUCUUUUUGACGUUGAGAUUUUGUUAACUUAUUACCUACAAUAAAUUUAGAAAAAAAAAUCAACAUGGGCGAAAAAAAACACUCCGUAUACUUUCAACAAUUGAGAGCUAUGCUCAUAAGAAAUAUUCUUAUAAAGAAAAAGGAAAAGCGAAAAACGUUAACGGAAGUUGCCCUACCUUUAUAUUCUCUAGUGGUGCUAAUUUUACUAAAGUUCGCCCUUCCCAAUCCUAAUUUUCCGAUAAUGGACACUCCAACUCCGGAAGUAGAUAUUUUUAGCCAUUUUGAACAGUAUAACAGCCAUACCAUAGCUGUAGUACCGAAUACCACCGAAACACAGGAAUUUCUUUCGAAAGUCGAAGAUCUCUGGUUUAGCACGUUUUUAAACCCGAAACCUUUAAAGUGGAAACUCUACGCUACAAAAGAAGAUCUACUGACAGCCUAUUGGCUGAAACCUGACAACAUUUCGUUGGCUGUCAUUUUCAGCGAACCCGGGCCCAUAUAUGGGCAAUUGAGGUAUGAGAUACGUACAAAUCCUUCAAUAUACGGCACCCCCCCAACUACGGCACUUUACGCUUCACCAGCGGCUUGCCGCGUAAUCAAAGAAGGAAUUUUAGCGGCCGCAGGCGUCAGCGUAUCCGGGGCGUCCGUGUCCGGAGUCGACAUAGAGCUUGGCGAAAGUUGCCCGGUUAAUACUUACUACUACUCCGGCUUCACAGCCUUACAAACUUUAUUUGACUACACUAAAAUAAGGAUUGAAACUGGAGAUGACACCAUACAAGUGCCUGAUAUACGUUUGGAGAUGUUUCCGAAGUCUGCCUUCACGGGCAACUGGAUGGUCGCCUUUAGGCUCAUCAUCCCCUUGUACAUGGUUUUUGCGUUGACGCAGUUCUUGGCGUACUUAUUGAUACUGAUUGUCGGGGAAAAGGAGAAAAAAAUCAAGGAAGGCAUGAAGAUAAUGGGUCUGAAAGAUUCGGUUUUUUGGUUGGCGUGGUUUAUAAUAUACGGAGUGUUCGUGACGUUUUUGUCGGUGGUAUGCUGCGGCAUACUCUAUAUACUGAACGUUUUCCAAAACACUAACAUACUAUGGAUAUUUCUACUAACCGUUUUGUAUUCCUUCUCAGUUAUAAUGUUCGCUUUUGUGAUUACACCAUUUUUCGAUAAAGCUAGAACGGCCGGUAUAUUAGGAAACUUUGCUGUAAAUAUAAUGAGUUUACUGUAUUAUAUACAAGUUUUCGUUGAUAACUCAAAUCCCGCAGCCCUUUACAUAGUCUCCUUGAUUAGCUCAUCAGGAUUUGCACUGGCUAUGGAUAAGGCUCUAGUAAUGGACAUGUCAGGUGAUGGAAUAAAAUUUGAAAACCUGUGGUCCGGUCCUGGUAUGCCUUUUGGAGGCAGUUUGAUAAUGAUGGCAUUGGAUGCCAUUUUGUACGGUUUUUUGGCGUACUAUUUGGAUUGCGUGAUACCGAGUGAACAUGGUGUCAAAAAAUCCCCUUUUUUUUGCUUCAAACCAUCGUAUUGGUGCACCAAAAAGACAGUCAAUAAAAUACCUCUAGAAAAUGGAGGCUCUGUAGGUUCUCUAAACACCGGUGAAGACUCCAAUAAUGACGUAGAACCCGUUCCAAGAGAGUUAAAAAGUCGCGAAGCCAUUAAAAUAGUCGAUCUAUACAAAUCUUUUACAAGUUGUAGUAAACCUGAGAUAAAGGCUAUAAAAGGUAUCAAUUUAACAAUCUACGAAGGCCAAAUAACGGCCAUAUUGGGCCACAAUGGUGCUGGAAAGACGACGUUGUUCAAUAUUUUGACUGGGCUAACAUCACCCACAUCAGGGACGGCAUAUAUAUUUGGACAUGACAUAACGGAUCCUAGGAGUAUGGAUAAAAUUCGCUCUAUGAUUGGUGUGUGCCCACAGCAUGACAUCCUGUUCGACAAUCUGACUGUGCUUGAACACCUCCACUUUUUUGCAGCUGUUAAAGGUAUAUCACCAUCGGUGAAAGAUUUUGAGGUAAAAAAAACAAUCAAAGAUGUAGACUUGGUGGAUAAGGCUAAAUCUAAGGCAAAACAUUUGAGUGGCGGUCAAAAAAGGAAGCUAUCCGUUGGGAUAGCUGUUAUAGGAGACCCAAAGAUCAUUAUUUUGGACGAACCCACUGCUGGAGUUGACCCUUACUCUAGACGUCACAUGUGGUCUGUUUUACAAAAUAGAAAACAUGGUAAAGUGAUUUUACUAACGACCCAUUUUAUGGAUGAAGCUGACAUACUAGCUGAUAGGAAAGCUGUUGUUUCCAAAGGAAAUAUACGGUGUUGUGGUAGCUCUCUCUUCCUAAAAAAUAAGUUUGGAAUUGGAUACCAUUUAACCUUAGUUCUUGAGGGUUCAUGCAGGGAACAUGCUAUAGCGCGAUUGGUGACCCAACACGUGCCAAAAGCCGAAAAAGCGCGCCGUCAUGGCAGAGAGUUGAGCUUCAUUCUGCCGCACAAUGCCGUGGAAAAUUUUGCCCCGCUUUUCCAAGCCAUAGAGCAAGAAAUCAACAACAGAAGCAAACUCGGGAUAUCCAGUUACGGCGUGUCGAUGACGACCUUGGAAGAGGUGUUCCUUCACCUGGAAAAAGACGAGGAAAGCGAGAUGACCGUGGAUAAUUUAUCGAAGAAAAUUGUGCGAAAUAGAGCUUUAAGUAGAAGUUUAAGUUUGCAGAGUAAGAGUACCAGCUAUCAGUCGUUGCAGAAUGAGGGUAUGGUGAACAGUUCUGUGACAGGGGGUGAGAGUACGACAAUUGGUGGGCUUGAGAUUAUCAGCGAAACGAAGUCGCCCAUCACAGGUUUAGGCUUGGAGAAAAUCGAUUGCAAACCUAGUGUGUGUCAGACUUUAUUUGCGCUUUUGAGGUUGAGGACCUUGCGAAUGAUACGGGACAUUCAAAAGUUGUAUUUCAUGAUUUUAUUUCCUCUUGCCUUAGCGGCUUUGGGGUUGUACUUCUACAAUCCACAAAAUUUGAAAGGGCCCAAACAAAAGUCCAUAUUACUGAAUGGAGACACGUAUGGGGACCAAACAACCAUUACUCUCUACAAUGGCACCUACUCAAACCUGGACUCUUUCCAAGACACAUUACAAGAUUUCGGCGCUAGAAGCGUUGAAAGUUUCAACGGAAACUUCUCAACUCUUUUGCAGAUGGCGCCACAUAUGGCUGCCUUCAAUGUUAACUCCUUCGACCUGCAAAACUACCAGUUCACACUUCUAUACAACGACACUUAUCAGCACAGCCUACCGAUUGUGUUGAAUAUGCUCAGCAACACUCUAUACAGGCUUCUAAGCCCAGAAAAAGUCCGCAAUGGGCUUUUCGAGUCCAUGGACGUGAUGGCCCAGCCGUUCCAGCAAACCUCGCAACCUGAGGAGUUCAACCUGGGUAUUUUCAUGGCCACCAUGUUCAUGGGUAUGAUUUUUGUGAUGAUCCCCGUGAGUUUGUCAGUGGAUAUGGUUUACGAUAGAGAGAUUAAAGCCAAAAAUCAACUAAGAGUUAACGGUCUAACCUUCAGUAUGUAUUUUAUACCAUACUUUAUAGUACUCGGUGUCAUAAUGUUGAUCAUUUGUGCUUCACUAUUGGCGAUAAUUUUACUAUUCGAUAUACCAUCGAUGAGGGAAUGGCCUGCCUUGACCACACUAGGUGUUGUUUUGUUGCUAUAUUGCCCAUCUUCUAUACUAGCAACAUCAUGUAUAAGCUACAUUUUCGACAAGUUUGAGACGGCUCAAAGUGCUCUACCAAAUAUAGCAACCUUGGUUGGUUUCCUGCCAUACUUCGUUGUAGUUUAUCUGGAUAUGUUACGAAUGGGUGGUAAAGCAGCCUUCGUUCUCCACACAAUUCUAUCACUCUUCAACACGAUGUACACUCCGUAUGCGAUAGUGUACUAUGUCCAAAGAGUGUACGUUAUGUGUAAAGUGAACGUGGCAUGUUCAAGUCUAACGCUAACCGACUACAUGACCGAUGAAAUCGUCGUAAUGGCCGUCGGGUGUAUCAUAAACAUCCCGUUCUGGUUUGUCGUCCUUAUGAUUUUGGACAUCAAAAAAAGCGGUGGAAAGGUGGGGGACGCCUUUAACUUCAUCAAGAGCAACAAGCAGGACCCGAACGCGGACGACGGCAGCGAGUUGAGCGACAUAGGCGAGAACGAAGAUAACGACGUCAAAAUGGAGCGACAGAAAGUGAAGAAUCUCAUGCACGAAGCGCCAACCAAACCGCCGGUCGUUAUGGUUCAGAACCUGCACAAAGAGUACGUAAAGGAUCAAGAGUAUUGCUGUCAAAACGGCGACGACUUGGACACCCCUGAACCUCCAAAAGUUGCCAUCAGGUCUUUGUCACUGGCGGUUAGUGCAGGUGAAGUUUUCGGGCUCUUGGGGCACAAUGGGGCUGGUAAAACCACCACCAUGAGGAUAAUCACAGCAGAAGAAGUGCCGACUAGAGGGCGGGUUCAUAUAUCGGGGGCUAGCAUAACCUCAAACAUGAGCUCGGCGUUCCAAUUGAUGGGUUACUGCCCGCAACAUGAUGCCCUGUGGAAAAAUAUAACCGUCAGGGAGCAUCUGGAGACGUACGCUGCUAUACGAGGUGUCAAAUAUAAGGACAUCAACCGUUUGGUUAACCAUUACUUGAGCGGUCUACAAAUACACGAGCACUCUGAUAAACAGACCAAUCAGUGUUCAGGUGGCACAAGAAGGAAGCUUUCGUUUGCUAUGUCUAUGGUUGGUAACCCAAAAGUGGUUCUUAUGGAUGAACCCAGUACCGGUAUGGACCCAAGAAGCAAGAGGUUCUUGUGGGACACCAUCUUGGCCAGUUUUCAGGGUUCUAGGGGCGCUAUUCUGACCACUCACUCAAUGGAGGAGGCAGACGCUCUCUGUUCUAGAGUGGGAAUUAUGGUGAGAGGGGAAUUGAGAUGUCUGGGUUCAACUCAACACCUCAAAAACUUAUACGGUGCAGGUUACACCUUGGAAAUGAAAUUGAGGGGAGGCGAUUCCACGCCCACAUCGACCAGUGGCGGGGAUAAGGUUUCGGAGUUGAGGGAAUUUGUGGCGAAUUUAUUCGCUGAAUCAAACUUGCAGGAAAUUUUCGUGGAUAGGCUCGUUUUUAGCGUACCUCAACACAGUGUUACCUCACUGGCCAACUGUUUUCUUCAACUCGAGAAAGCAAAAACCGAUUUUGACAUUGAAGAGUACAGUUUCAGUCAAACAACUUUAGAACAAGUUUUUCUAAAAUUUGCGCACUACGACGACAUGGAUAAGGAUUAAAAACAACAACAGUGUAAACCCUGUAUAAAAAAGAAAUGUGAUUUUAAAAAAUUAAAUAAUUUAUUAUUAAUUUAUCUUAAGAAUUAAUUUUAUUUAUGACUUAAUAGUUUUUUGACAAAAUUAAAUUUUGCAUAGCAUAUCGAUUUUCAAUCAUCAUAUCUACAUGGAUAUCUCAAAUAAAUGAAAAAUAUUAUAUUUUUUCAAUAAAAAAUACAAUAUCUUACAUUAAUUACUCAGGAUUGCGACUUAAAAACAAAAAAAGCAACAUAUUAGUUUAGCACCGCGGUGCUAGUUGGGGGGUUAAACUUUAAAGGGCUGUAUCUUCGUUAUUAAUAAUGGGAUUUUUAUGAUUUUCGUACACGUUGUAAAAUGAAAUGUGCUUCGUAAAUCAAUGAAAACAUUUUUCAAAUAUCUAUAUUAACCUUCAUGUUAUCCAAGUUUUAAUAGACGACUGCAUUUUUUGUCACCUUCAUACAAAAUAGCAAAUAACUCUGUUGAUUUUUGGGUUAUUAAAAAACAGUAAAGUGCAUUGUAAAGAGGACACUUCGUUUUACAAACCCUGUAAAUUUCAUAAAAAUCGUUCAUUAACAUUUUGUUGUAAUUUAAUUUAUUCCCACACUUAUUUUUGCAGCUAUAUUCUAGUCUUUUACUUACCGAACACUCUGUAUACAAACUGCAUUAUAUACAGGGCGUUCAAAAUUAUUGGCCUAAGCUUAUAAUUAUUUAUGUCUCAUAUUUUUUACGUAAAAAAAACAGUGAAAAUGUAACAAUAAUUAAAAAAAUGAUAGAUCACUGUUUUUUGAAAUUCCUCUGUAGAUUAAAUGUUACAUAUGAAGAUAAAUAAAAAAAUAGUUGUGUAGGUUUUUGAGAAUUGUAAUUAAUACAGUUUUUGACAGUUUUUACUUGCA